CACAGCUGCUUGACAUGCUCCAGGUUUCAAAUUUGUUUGUUGUUUGAAAAAAGUUUCCUUAUCAAGUGUGCAAAUAUCAUUUGAUAGUCAACUUCCUUGGCUUUGAUAAUUCUAUAUUCAUGAUAAUAUGGCAAGCUCUCAAGAUAGUUAUUACCUCUCAUUGUUGGCUCUCGCGGAGUCUUUUAGGAUGGAACAUCCUCCUAAGAUUCGACAUUCACUGCACUGUUUGAAAGCUGUGUUUCUCUGUGAUCCUCCUCCAAAGGUUGCAGCCCGAACACACUUGCAGAUCUCCAUUCUGCUCUCCCGGCAUGCAAAGAAUCCUGAUCUCACCAAGAGUCAUCUUCAGCAAGCAUGGAACCUGUCUCAGAACAUUGCUGGUUUUGAUGAUGUGCGCUUUGCCUCUGCACAUCACCUCAGCACCUGCCUUGUUGAAGAAAGCCUCGCUGUUACUCCGGCUCCCUCUGUAGGCAACAGCGCUGCAAACGUUCCUGAAGGCCCCAGUAUUGAUGCUGCAAAGGCCCUGCUUAUGAGGGCUAUUGAGAUGUCUUCUCAAAAUUCACACUGGCACUGUAGGCUUCUGCUCCAUGCUGCACGUGUUUCUAUUAUGCUACAAGACCAUGCCUCAGCCAUCACUUUGCUACAAAGAGGCUUCGACUACACCAACAUGCAUGAUCUUGGCUACUUGCGCAUAAUUUUCCAGUUGUCUAAAAUAAUGGUGGUGAUGUCACGGGGCUAUGAUGGUAUUCCUCCCAACGAAGUUCAACAAUUGCUCUCCCAAGCCAUCAAUUCCAUUGGGACUGUCAAUGCUACUGCUUCACAGAAAGAACAUUUAAAGGUUUGUCAAUUAUAACUGAACCUCGGACAAGUCAAGAGCGCCAAGCCUGUCCUCAAGCAGCUGCAGCAAAGCAUUCAAGCCGUGUCUCAAGGCCCACUGCUUGAGAAGGAGAGCUGCGGUAACUGCAGUGAGGUACAGUGGCUGUCAAGAGCAGAGCUCGGCGUGCUCGUCUACCUGGUGUCAGUGCGGCACUCAAUGCACGCAGGCUACAUGGACAAAGCCCACAAGUACACCGAGAAAGCCCUCAGCCAAAUUUCCAAAAUACGAGAGAGCAGCAGCGCGAGUCGGUGGCUGGAGGUGUUGCUGGUGGAGCACACGGCGCUCUGUCACCUCGUCAUGGGCAGCAAGCAGGCCUCCCUCGCCUCCAUCUGCCGGCUCUCUGAACUCCUGCGCGCCCAGCCUAGUCUCGCUCAGAAUCACGUGGCGCAAGUUCACACACUAAUUGCUGUCUAUGCAAUGAGUAUGAACAACCUGGACGCUGCAGAACAGCAGUUCAAUGCCGCUCUUCGGACAUCUCAAAAUCGGGAGCUUUGGACCUUUGCGAACCUAAAUUUAGGGAUCGUGUACCUGCGGAGCGGCCGAGAACAGGACUUCGCGGCGCUGCAGGAGCGCAUACAUCCCGACGCUGUGAGGGCCUCUGCCCACGGCAUCCGAGCGGCCGCCUACUACGUCCAGGGCAUGCACGCCUUCUUCACUGGGAGCCAUGAUGAUGCCAAACGUCAUCUUCGUGAAGCCCUCAAAAUGGCCAAUGCAGAGGACCUGAACCGCCUGACGUCGUGCGCGCUGGUGCUGCUCGGGCACCUCUUCUUCUGCGCAGGCUCCCCUCGCGAGGCCGCAAACAUGGCCAGCCCCGCCAUGCAGCUCGCCUCUAAAAUACCUGACCUACACCUGCAGCUCUGGGCGGCGUCACUACUGAAGGGUAAAUACCUGCACCUGCAGCUCUGGGCGGCGUCACUACUGAAGGGUAAAUACCUGCACCUGCAGCUCUGGGCGGCGUCGCUACUGAAGG